AUGGAGCUGGCUCCUCAGGCAGAUACCAGCUGUUCAUCUGGAAAGCAGUGGUAUGUCUGUUCUGCAGGCGCCUAUUCGGGAUGCUGCUCUAUCGACCCUUGCGCUGAUGGGAUCUGUUCCGAUGAUAAUAAAUCGACUAAGUCUAAGUCGACAUCUAGCACUACUCUCACAAUCACGCCUAGAAAAACCACAUCCGCUACUAAAUCUGCCUCGGAGAUAGCUUCAACGACCUCAUCUGCAACCACAAGCACAGAAAUCCCGACAAGUACAUUGUCGGCAACGUCCACAAUUAUUGCUACAUCCACCGCAGUCAGCACCCCAUCUAAAAUCUCCAGACAUACGGGUAUAAUAGGCGGCGUCGUGGGCGGGGCGGCAGCUGCAGUCAUUCUCGCCUUGCUACUUUGCCUCUGUUUGCGGCGCAAGAGACGAGGGAAAGAAAUCAAUUUCCACCUACACCGUUCUGUAUCCACGGCGUCACUGAAAUAUCGAGAACCCACGACUGCAACAAAGCAACUCCCUUCAGCAGCAGACGAGAGCCAACCUCUCACCGGCACUUCUCGAAGCCUUCAAAACUUGCUCUCAUCGACAACCGGCUCAAACGCAACCACGGCAAUCUCCAGCCUAGACAAAAUCCCCGCAAACGAGCAGAGUCUCGGCUCAACCGUAUCUUCUAUGACAUUUUCCUCGAGAUAUCUAACAAACUCCGCAACAUCAACAAAGUCAGGACCACCAAUUACACCCCCUAUAAGAAUACUCGUCGACCGACCAACGAUAUGCUCUGCGCCCACCCUCACUCCACGAGCAGCGGGCUACGUCCCAGAGCUCUCAGAUACAGGAUUCCGCCGUCAAAGAGUUGAACUAGCAACGCACUCGCAGUCGGAAAUGAUCAAUCAACAACACACAAGACGACAGCAGAGAGCCUCGCACCAUAGAUACCACACUUCCGGCUCGUAUCCCUUUGGUUCAUCAGCUUCGGUAUUCCCAGACAGCCCGAAUAGGUUCCGAUACGGCGAUUCUGGCAACGAUCUGAUAGCGAGACAAACGGCACAAAAAGUCGUCACGGAGGAUGGGAUUGUGCUAGGCGCGAACCUGGACCUGAUUUCGAGCGUUGAUGAGCUCCGGUCGAAGGGGAAGGGGGCUGGAGAGGGAUAUCAGGGAGAUCACGUUAUGAGCUUUAUGGAUUUCAGUAGGGAUAUUGAGUUGUCUGAGCGUAUUUCCGGCUCUACUGUGGGGUAUAGGAUGCCUGCUUCUGAGAGUCCACGUGCGGGAAUUCCUAUAUCGCGGUCUACAUCUACUUAG